AGAGAAUUCGCGUUCGACGCCGUGUUCGGCGACGUCGCGACGCAAGAAGAGACGUACGAGACGUCCUCGCGGUCCGUCGUCGCGGAUUUCAUCAACGGUUUCAACGGCACCGUGGUCGUGUACGGGCAGACCGGAUCGGGGAAGACGCACACGAUGUUCGGACCGCCGCCCGGGGUGGGCGGUCGCAAACAUCGCGGGAUCGUCCCGAGGGCGUGCGAGGAAGUGUUCGACGCGUUGAGGAAGCGCGAGGCGCUCGGGAUCCGCUCGAAGGCGUCCGUGUCCUACGUCGAGGUGUACGGGCAAGAGGUGAGCAACCUUCUGAAACAGGGCGCCGCGGUCGGGCAGUCGCGCGUCGCCGGGCAGAGGUACGUCCUCGACGGCCGCGCGGAGGAGACCGUGUUCUCCAUGUCGGACGUCGAGCGUCUGCUCGAGGUUGGGGACGCGCAAAAGCGACGCGCGGCGACGUCCAUGAACGAACGCUCGUCGCGCGCGCACUCCGUGUUCACUCUGUCGCUGAAGCAGACGGACGAGCGCACGGGUCGGGAGCUCAAGUCGCGGCUGUGCCUCGCGGAUCUUGGAGGGUCCGAGAAGCUGAGCAACGAGUACUACGACUCGCGCGCGCGUCUCACCGAGGCGGUGAACAUUAACGUCGGGCUGUUAGCCUUGAAGCGAUGCAUCGACGCGACGCACGAAGCGCAGCGGCGGCGGAAGGAAGGGAAACCGCCGCCGCACGUGCCGUACCAAGAUAGCAAGCUGACGACGUUGUUAUCCUCCGCGCUCGGCGGGGAUUGUAAAACCGUCGUGUUCGUGACGGCGUCGGGGGAGUCGCAGCACGCGGCGGAGACGACGCAGUCGCUGCGGUUCGGGGAGAAAUGCGCCAGCGUGGAGACG